GCGCUGCCUUUCUUCUCUGAGUUCUCUUGAACUCUGAGUCAUCCUUGCAGCAUGAAGCUGGAAUUGACCAUAUGAAGACCAGAGAUCCCGUACUAGUAUGUGUGGGCAUUGUCUUGCUCCUGGCUGCAGGCACAGGUGGAAGCACAGAACUAUGGCUGUGCCAGCCGGCGCCCAGGUGUGGGGACAGGAUCUACAACCCCUGGGAGCAGUGCUGUGACUAUGACACCAUCCUGCCCCUGAACCGGACGCAGCGCUGUGGCCCCACCUGCACCUACUGGCCCUGCUUUGAGCUCUGCUGUCCUCAGUCCUUUGGCCGCCACAAGAAGUUUGUUGUGAAGUUGAAGAUCCAUGGUGAGACGUCUUGGUGUCCCACGUCCCCCACCUCCAGGACCUGCAGGAGCUGAUCUGGCCAACCACACCAUCCUUCAGUGUUUCCUCCCUGGAGCCUGGGAACACGUGGACAGGAUGCAUUCUAGGAUAUAAGUGGAAUGGGGGGCAUGGUUCUGUGAACAGCAUUAAAACAACAUGUCCCACAAGGUGGUCUGGCUAAGUGUGUUCUCUCCAGAUGUCCUCAAGGCAACUUGCUGAGAAAUGAUCAAAUAGGAAAUUUUCCGUAGGAAGGCAGUUAUUAGUCAAUUUGGUGAUGGAGGUAGGACCAUAGGGUCCUGUGUGAUAGAGAAUUUGUCCAGCCUUCAAACCCAGUUCUGGAGCUUAUGUCUCUGUUAUGGUUUGAAUGGGAUUGUCCCCCAAAAACUCCUGUGUGAGACAAUGCAAGAAAGUUUGGAGAAGAAAUGAUUGGGUUGUGAGAGUCUUAACCCAAUCAGUGAAAAAAUCAUAUGAUGGGAUUAACUAAGUGGUAACUGGAGGAGUUGGGGUAUUGUAGGGGCGUGGCUUUGAGAUAUCUGGCAAGUGGAGUCUCUCUCUGUUUCCUGAUCAUCAUGUGAGCUGCUUCCCUUUGCCACACUCUUCUGCCUUGACGUUCUGCCUCACCUUGAGCCUCAUGGUAUGGAGCUGACCUUCUAAGG